AUGACAUAUCAAGAUCCCUACCAAGGUUUGAAUUUCCAGCAUCCGUCGCGAAUGCAGUCGCCAUUGAGCGAAUCGAAUUCGAUGACUCCAACAUCUGAUCUCUCGUUGUCUAAUAGGCCGCACGCCUGGUCUGACCCUAUGUAUGAUCAGACGUGGGGGGUGAAUACAGCCGCGGCAGCAGCUUAUAAUGAUGACUCUCAGGGUGCUCAUACAUUUGUGAUGCCACAAAACUCUGGCAGGUAUGAUUCAUCUGGAUUGUGUUCAGAUUCGUCUAAUGAAUCGUUUUCGCAGCAGCUUGUGGAGCAGCAGCAGCAGCUUUUCGAACAGCAGCUAUCGCAGCAACAGCAACCGCAGCAGCCCGGUAUGAAUAUGAUGGCGCAGUAUCCAGCACAGGUGGGCCAUCGCCCUAUGGCAGUCCAGUCAAGUCGGAUGAGUAAUCCAAAGGAUUUCACAUCUGCGCCUUCUAGAACGGUGUAUUUGGGUAAUGUACCGCCAUAUAUUACCACACGGGAGUUGUUGGACCAUGUUCGAUCUGGUGUGGUUGAGGACGUUAAGAUUUUGCCGGAAAAGAUGUGUGCAUUUAUUUCUUUUGUUGAUGAGAACUCUGCUCUUUUGUUUCAUUCUGAUGCUAUUUUGAAGCGACUAAACAUUGACGACCGAGACAUCAAGAUAGGAUGGGGCAAGCCAACGCAGAUUGAUCCAAUUGUGGCUGCCGGUAUUAAUAACGAUGGGGCCACUAGAAAUGUGUAUCUCGGGAAGCUUAAUACGAAUCCGAAGAUGUGUGCUCAAUGGGGGGCAGAUCCGAAUGAGGAAACGAUCACGGAAGAAAAAUUACGAAAUGACUUGGCAGACUUUGGCGAAGUUGAAAGUGUUAAGAUUGUGACCGAGAAAGGAAUCGCAUUUGUUCAUUUCUCGUCCAUCUUUUCAGCCAUUAAAGUGGUUGCAAAUUUAGCCAACGUCAAUCCGUAUUAUGCACAAAAAAAGAUUUUCUAUGGUAAAGACAGAUGUGCAUUCAUCACAAAGACGCAGCAGCAUAACGCUGCGCAGUUUUUAGGCAUUCAGCCCGGUAUGGAGCCAUUGUUUUCUAACGAUAGAGAGUUAAUAUCGCAAACUUUACUACAGCAAUCUGCAGCUGCGGCUGCAAUCGCCACUAGCGCUGGUGGUGCAAACAAUUUGGGGAACAGGACGAUUUACCUUGGCAACUUGCCAAAGGAUGUCAAAUUAGAAGAAAUUUGCAAUUCUGUUCGCGGUGGGCUGUUACAGCACAUUAAAUUAUUAAAUGAUCGUCACGUUUGUUUUGUCACUUUCAUCGAUCCUACAGCAGCUGCGCAGUUUUAUGCAAUGAGUUCCUUACAUGGAUUAACUAUUCACAACAAGCGUUGCAAGAUUGGCUGGGGUAAGCAUUCAGGUCCAUUACCCAAUCCGCUAGCUUUGGCAGUUUCCCGUGGUGCUUCAAGGAACAUUUACUUGGGAAAUAUUGACUUUGAGGAUGAUAGAAAAUUGGAACAGCCUAUCUUCACCGAAACCUCUUUGAGAUCAGUAUUUCAAGAAUUUGGUGAAGUUGAGCAAAUUAACUUUCUAUACGAGAGGAACUGUUGUUUCAUCAACUUUGCUAAUAUUAGCAGCGCUAUUCUGGCGAUUGAUAAAAUUAAAUCGAUACCAACCUUUAAAGAUUUGAAAAUUAACUUUGGUAAGGAUAGAUGUGGUAAUGUUCCUCGCCAAUUCUGCUAG